AACCAAUCAGGAACCCAAUUCCCAGGAAGUGAAAGCAGCAAAACGGCAGCCGUGGAUACCAACGCGCUGCGCAGCUCAGCCACUGUGAAAGUGACGUCGGCGCCGCCGCCGCCGCCGCCCCCCUCGACGACGACGCCCCUGACAAUUUGUCAGCCGCCCCCGCCCACUCCGCCCUACCAGCGGCUAACCAAAGCGCUGCAAUGCGAUCCGCGCUGCGGCCACGAGGUAACCAUCGGCCGUCGCAUUGGCCUCUACAGAUUUUGUGGCGACAUCGGACGCGGCAACUUCUCCAAAGUGAAGCUCGCUGUCCACCAACUGACGCGUGACAAAGUGGCCAUUAAGGUGGUGGACCUGGAUCGGGCCGGACUCGAUGCCAAGGCGCUGCGAAUGCUGUCCAGCGAGAUAGCCACCCUCGAGUGUGUUCAUCACCCAAAUAUACUGAGGCUUUUCGAGGUGGUGGAGACUUUGGGGCGGGUCUAUCUGGUCACGGAAUGGAUUCGUGGCGGUGAGCUCUACAACCAUAUUACCCAAGGCGGUCCUCUGAGGGAGAUUCAUGCGGCUCCUUUAUUGAAACAGCUUUUGCUGGCUGUCAAACAUAUGCACAGCUUGGGCUACGUGCAUCGAGAUAUUAAAGCGGAAAAUGUCCUGCUCCUCUCGGAAGAUCGCCUGAAGCUGGCCGAUUUCGGUUUCAGCACCCAACUUAUCAAUGGUGCCAAUCAAAAGCUCGACACGUUCUGCGGCUCGCCUCCGUAUGCCGCGCCCGAGCUCUUUUCCGAUGACCAUUAUAUCGGAGCCCCCGUGGAUGUGUGGGCCCUCGGCAUCCUGCUCUACUUCAUGGUGGUUGGGAACAUGCCCUUCCGGGCACCCACCAUUCCCGGCCUGAAGUCGGCCAUUCUCAAGGGCGACUAUCUGCUGCCCGGACAGCUCAGUUUGCCCUGCAUAAGACUAAUACAACGCAUCCUGAUCCACAUACCCGCCCAUCGGCCCACAAUUGACGACAUGCUGAACAGCCAGUUUAUAACCUGUCCCAAACUGAGUGCGGACCUGAUGCAGUGGGAAAUCAACCAGCACAGCAAGCCGGUCAAGCGAUCGAUCUUCUGGGUGCGCAGCAAAUCGCAUCGGCUGAGGAAAUCAGCCUCCCUAAGGGAUCGAUAUGUGGAGGUGGUCAAGAAGCCGGCCAUAAGUAUGAACACCCGACAGCAGGACGAGAUGUUUGUGCAGAAUUUCCUGCAACCGAUCGAGAUUGGGCACGAGCUAAUGCUCCAGGGAUCUAGUCAGCUGAAGGAACCACAAUCCACCGAACAGGCCAAGCGCCCAACCAGGAGAUACAUGUUCUGUGGCAGUCUCAAGAAGAAGGUCACGCCCAUGGAAACGGAGCCGGAAAAGCAGUUGGCCAACGGUGGACAAUGUGGGUCGGCCAAGAUCAAUCCGUGGAAUGUGGAGGUGGCCGAGGAUUGUCCUCUGUUCAAGAACUACGAUGCGGAGACGGGCAGCUGCGUGAUGUUGCCCACGAACACCGAGGAUCUCAGCCAGCUGGGAGCACUGGAGUUCGAGGCUAGGCAAAUCUUAGCCGAGUUGGGAUUGUCCUCCGAGAUGCUAAUCAAUGCCAGGCAGAGUGGACCCCGUUCCGACAUCAUUGGCGCCUACAGGAUCGUGGUCAAUCGGUUGCAAAAGCAAUCCUGGCUGGCAAGGAAGCAUGUGGAAAUGGCCCUCCACACUGAGCCCAAGGCGGAGAAGCGGAUUGAGCGAUCGUGCUGCAUACUCUAA